AUCUAAUUCAUCUUAUUUUAUUAGUUAAAGCAGCUCAUAAGUGAAGUCAAAUCCAAUCUUGUUCACGUUACACGUUUUCCAUCUCUCUUCUUCCUUUUUCUCUUCCUUUCUUUUAGUUCUGUUAUUGCAAUUUUGCCUGGCCUAUAAUGCAAAGUUAACCAACAUUUGAUUCCAUUCUUUCUGUUUCCUUCUUCAAAUAUCUUUGUAUCUUGUUUUGCAAGUAAAACUAGAACAACCUUAUUUGUAUAUAUUUUAGAAACUUCAUUAUUUGACAGUAUAUUCACCCAUAGUUGAAUUUCAAUGGGGAAAGGAGGUGGUUGCUUUCCAAGCAAAACAAAGGCACCAAUUUCUGGAGCAGAAAAGGAUCCAAUUAUUGUUGAAAGUCUAAUUCCAACAAAUGAUCGAAGUAGCACAAGCCAAGAGGUGGAAGCACCAGCACCAGCACCAGCAGCAGUGAAAAAGCUGAAAAUUUUCAUUGUGUUCUACUCAACUUAUGGCCAUGUGGAGUCAUUGGCAAGGUCCUUGAAGAAAGGGGUUGAUUCAAUUGAAGGCGUUGAAGGGGUGUUGUACCGCGUGCUGGAGACGCUGCCAAAGGAGGUUCUGGAACUCAUGAAGGCACCUGAGAAGGAUGAGACAGUGCCACUCAUAUCUGAAGACAAGUUGGUGGAGGCUGAUGGCUUGCUGUUUGGUUUUCCAACAAGGUAUGGCAGCAUGGCGGCGCAGAUGAAGGUGUUUUUCGAUUCGACCGGUCAGUUGUGGAGAGAGCAGAAGCUGGCAGGGGUGCCUGCUGGCUUCUUUGUCAGCACUGGCACUCAGGGUGGAGGCCAAGAAACCACAGCUUGGACAGCAAUCACACAGUUAGUCCACCAUGGUAUGCUCUAUGUUCCUAUUGGUUAUACCUUCGGUGCUGGAAUGUUCGAAAUGGACUCGGUCAGAGGUGGAUCUCCAUAUGGUGCUGGAGUUUUUGCUGGCGAUGGAUCAAGGCAGGCUAGUGAAACAGAACUGGCCCUUGCUGAGUAUCAAGGAAAGUACAUGGCCACAAUAGUCAAGAAGUUAGGCCAGAAAAGCUAGUAGCUUCUCUGUGAUCAAAAACCUCUCAAAAUUAUCAUUCAAUGUUAAGAUAUGAUUUUCAAAUGUUGUGUUUAUUAUUUGUAUAAGAUUAUUUAGCAUGGUCAUAUUCAUGAACCUUUUUUCUUCUCCCUUUCAAAAAAAAACGUACACAUUGUAAACUUCAUGUUCUUUAUUCGGUGCUGUUUGAUACAUUUAUGAGUGAGGUGGGAAUUCACAAAUUAUCAAAGUCUUUCAAGCCA